AUGCAGUUAGUCUACCGAUCCUACGUCGUCCUACCUAGCGAAGAGGUGCCUAAAAAGAUCCUAGAAAAUAGCAAGUUCUUGCUAUACUUUAAUGACUACGUCGGCACGCUAGAUAGGUCCUAUAUCGUUACGUAUAUCGAGGGUCUCUAUAACUUUAUAAAUAAGACUAACCGAACAUACGCAUCUAAGGACUUAACUAAGGAGGAUCUCGACGAGGUUAAAGAUAAGGAUAAUAACUAUAAGACUACGCUAGUCGAGGGAGGAGGGUUAAUUAUAAUAAACGCUCUACGAGAGCGUAUAGCUAAUAACAUGUAG